GAAAUCUUUGUGUGAGUUUCGCGCAACGUGUACGUUAAAAGAAUGAGGAAAUAUCGAAUUACGGUGUUGGCUCUUUUGAUGUGCUUCAUGAAGUCAGCACGUGUAUUGGGAGUGAAAAAUAUUACACAUGGUAUAUCGAGACAUAUACGAUCUAUAGGAUUUCCCGAGGGUAGCACACUGGGGAUAUUCUUCGCCUUAGGAAUCCCCUUAGAUAUUCCCGACAAGUCUAUAUCGGUGGCAUUUUAUUUCGAAGCGAAUUAUGGAUUGCCAAAUGAAUGGAAUUCGACUUACUUUUACGAGGAAGAUUAUUAUACAAAACGAAGUCUUAGUCGUCAAUUAGUUUACAAGAUGCUCAUAAAUAAAAUGGAACGCCUAGGUUAUUCUGGAUUAGAUUGUUUGCUGAGAAUGAUUUGUGAAGCUACAAGAUAUUCUUUAAGCGAAAAUGGAUUACUUGGCGACAUCCUACAAAUCAUACUCACACCCUCCACAUCGAGAAGCGAAAAUCUUCCGAACGAGAUUAUAGAAGCCGAAUAUGGGCAGCAAUGCGAUCAGCGCUAUAAAAAAUGCUCUAUGAAUCCUUUAGAUUUAAUAAGCUAUUACAUUAAUUUAUGAAUAUAACUUCCUUCCUAAUUAAUACUUAAUUGUAUUGAAUCAUACGAAUAAUUGCAAAUGUUUAAAUAUUUAUUAAUUUAGAUAACUCGAAUUUAUCGAAAAAGACCCUCACAAGUAUCUGUUGGAAACUUUAUCAGUUGAAAAAGACGAUAUUUACGCAAGAUGUGUUAUAUUCAAUAAUAGAAGAAAAAUUUAGAAAAUUACUAAUUCAAUACAAUGAUAGACACAUAUUGCAAUUUUGCAACACAAGGUAAUCAGAUCAAAAAUAUAAAUAGCAGAAAUUGAAAAUAUUGUAAUCUGCUCUUCAUAACUACUUUUUCUGUAUUUCGUUUCUUACAUCUAUUCAUUACAUGCAUAUACACAUUUAUAUUUAAGAAAUCUUUAAAUGCAAAGUUUACUACGAGCUUGUUCUUUAUGAUACAAGCUUUCUACUAUCGAAAAUAUACAUUAUACAUGGAAUCUUUUUUCUUAUUUUUUUCAUCUUUAUUUUACCCUUCCUAAAGAACUUAUGAAAAUGCUACAUUAUAUUUAUGCAAAUACAAAAGCACAUCUCUUGUAUGUUUUCUAUACAAAUUCUACUAUACUGAUCAUUUUGGAUUCUUGGAUUUUUUCUUUAAUUCCAAAUAUAACUAGACUAAAUAAUACAAUUUCAUAGACUUAGUAUCUUUCUUACGAAACUCUUAUGAAUACAAGUGAAAUUAGAAAAUAUCAUUAUAAAAUGCAAAAAAAGAUGUGAUGCAUUUGAAAAUAUUCUCCAUUAUUGUAUUUUAAGCCCGAAAACUAUACGCUCUUCAAUUAAUUCUUUUAUCCGACGAAGUAAUACAAAUCGUACUAUGAACAAUCAUUUAUUGAAGCUUUUUUGCUUAGAUAUUUCUUCCCUAAUGGAAAAAUUGUAUGUAUAAUUAAUUAAAGA